AUGGCCCCCUCUCCCGGAGUUCUCCUCUCCGUCGUGGGCCUCUUGCUCACCGGGCCGGGCUGGACAGACAACGAAGCCGCUUGGGCGCCCCGGGCCCCUGCGCCUACUUCUCCGACCUGGGCAUGGGGCGUUCAUCGUCAGAGUCUGCCAGCCCCCAUUGGGCGACGUACCCGCCGCCGAUUGACCACAGCCUUGAACACCAUGUGGGCGGGGCGGGGGCUUGGAUCUCCUGCUUGGAAACGGCCUCUCCGCCGAACUUGGGGCUACCGUGGUGUUCGGGUGGGUGAGGCCCGGCAUCCUGGCCCUCCUGCACCCGGCUCACCGCUUCAUCCGGCCAUCCAACGUUGCCGCGCACACAGCCCUGACAGUGGCGGCGACAGGCACCCUCUCCGACGCCGGGUUGCCGAGCCAGGGGUCGCUGUCCGCUGCUUUUGCCCUGUUCCCGGCUGCGGCCACGGAGAUGCUAUGCGGGCUUCUGGCUGGGCCUCCCACGAAGGCAUGCGUCACCACUUGGAUGACCACUGCUCCGGCACGCUGACUGGGGCUGUACCGGCGGAAUAUCUCCAGGUCCACCGGCUUGACUUGUGCUCGGUCUGCCGGCUCCUUGUUGGCCGCCGAUACAACGGCGUCCACCCCAGAUGCAGGCCGCACAGCCGCCACCACGUUGCAAAUCACGGCCACGCAUCGGCCCAGGACCCAGGCCUCCCCAGCUUCAGCACCAUCAUGGGCCAUACCGCGCCCACGUUGCGACAUGUCCCCCAUGUCGCCCGGGCGGCCUGGGCCCAAUGCCUUGCUCGUGCCGUGGCUGCGGCGGCUACUACCAACACAGGGCCUGCCUGGCAAGAGUUGCUUAUGCUGCCUAAAGCUGUUCUUGCAGCUCCUCUGCGAGGCGGCGGAGGGCACCACAAGCAAGCGGCGCUCUCCACACUCAGACGUUGCCAGCGGUGGCUGGCUGGCGAACGCAUGGAGCUGUGGGAUGAGUUAGUGCAGCCCCGGCCGGCACGCGCCAGAGCUGAUGGCGUGGAAUUGGCUGCCCAGCAUACACGCUGCUGCGCACUGGCGGCAGAAGGCGAAUUGUCUCGAGCAUGCGCUGCUUUGACGGAGCCUCCUCCACUGCCACCUUCACGGGCAACAUUGGAAGCUUUAGCCGCCCAACACCCCCAGGCUGCUCCUCCGGACGUGGCUCAGCUUGGGCCGGCCCGCCCGGCCGCAGUGCCUGAAGUGACCAAAGAGAACGUUGUCCGGGCAGUGCGCAGCUUUUCCCGAGCUUCGGCUCCUGGACCCUCCGGCCUCCGGGCAGACCAUCUGAAGGAAACGCUGUCCACCGCUCACGGCGAUGAGGUGGCUUCCCACCUGGUUGCUCUGUGUCAGCUGCUAGCGCGUGGAGAGGCGCCUGCGCUUGUGGCCCCCCACUUAGCCGGCGCACGCCUUCACGCCCUCCCCAAGAAACAGGGCGGCGUACGCCCCAUUGCAGUUGGCGAGACUCUGCGUCGCUUGGUGAGCAAGGUGCUUUGCCAAGCUGUGCGGGAGGACGCUGUCAACCACUUUUGGCCCUUGCAGUGCCCGGUCGAGCUUUGUUUUUCCUAUCUGGAUGACGUUGUGAUCGCUGGACGGGCCGAUGUGGUCGCUUCCUCUCUGGCUGCCCUCCAAACUACAGCUGCGGCUGCGGGCCUGGUGCUGGAACCAACCAAAUGUGAAUUGGUUGCUGUUGCCGGAAACAGGUCGGCCGUUGACUUUUCCUUGUUCCCGGCCGGGUUUGCUGUGAAAGGAGCAGCUUUCGACCUCCUUGGGGCCCCUAUUGGAGACAGUGAGUACUGCCCCCAAGCCACUCUUUCCGACAAGGUGCAGAAAGCUGGGAAGGUUUUGGACGCGUUGGGCGAGCUUGACAACCCACAAGUCAGUUUGCAAUUGCUGCGGCACUGCGCGUCCUUCACCAAACUUGUGCACAACAUGCGCACCACCCCCGCUGGGCUCCACAGUGCAGCACUUGUGGCCUUCGAUGGAAAAGUGCGCGCCUGCCUCGAAUCCAUUGGCUGCUUCCCAGUUCCAGACCGGAUCUGGCAACAAGCGACUUUGGGCGUUAAGCACGGGGGGCUGGGCCUUCGACAAUGCGCCGUUCAUGCUACAGCUGCUUACCUUGCUUCUGUGGCUUCCACGCAAGAAGCAUGUCGAGGUUUAGAUGGGCGGUACAACCCGGACUGGCCAACUUCCUCUGCGACUGCUGCAACCUACAAUGCAGUUGUCCUGGAAGCAGAUCGCUUCCGUGGUGACCAAGCCCAUCGCCAGCAAGCCCUCUCAGCUGCUUUAGACAAAGCGCAACUGGCGCAGCUGCUGGUGACUGCAGAGGACGCCAGUGGCCGAGCCCACCUUCAACUACUCCAGCAGCCGGCAGCGGGGGCAUGGCUGUUGGCCCGCCCAUCUCCGGCCCUUGGCCUUGACUUGGACUCUGGCUGGGCUCCGUACGAAGGUUGCGCACUCUGGAUGACCCUGCUCCGGACGGCUAUGGACCUUACCGGCGGAAUAUCUCCAGGCCCACCGGCUUGA